AUGGGUGCAGAUCAUCUUGGUUGCAGCAAGCAAACAAAACAAAAGUUAGUGGUGUCUCCUCUCCACACUGACAACAGAAGUCCUACCACCAACAUGGCGACCACCUCUGCGAGACCCGGCGUGCACAUCCGAGAAGAUGGCAAGAAAGUCCUCAUCCCACUGGAGAACAGCCCAGAGGUCUUCACUGAUCUCAUCCAUCGACUUGGAAUCUCACCUGAGCUGGGCUUCUACGACAUCUACAGCAUCGACGAGCCAGAUCUCCUGGCGAUGGUGCCACGUCCAUGCCACGCAAUCAUCUUCAUCUCGCCUGCCGAUGUGUGGCACCGCGUACGCGACACACACGAUACCGGCUCCAAAGAGCUCACCUACGAUGGCUCAGGCGGCGACGAGCCAGUAAUCUGGUUCAAGCAAACCAUCGGCAAUGCCUGCGGGCUGUAUUCCCUCAUUCACGCCGUCGGUAACGGUAGCGCUCAGCAAUUCGUCCAGCCUGGAUCUCUCAUCUCAAAGCUCUUGACCGAGGCUGAACCCUUGAAGCCUCUCCCGCGCGCAGAUGUUCUGUACAACUCGGAGGAGCUCGAAAAGGCUCACAUGGCUUCGGCCGUCAAGGGCGAUUCGAAGGCCCCAGACGCUGCGGAGCGAUGCGGCUACCACUUCAUCACUUUCGUCAAAGGCAAGGACGGGCAGCUGUAUGAGAUGGAGGGCGGAUGGAACGGUCCGAUCGCGAGAGGUGCUCUCGAGGAGCAUGAGGAUUGUCUGAGUGAGCGGGCAGUCGAGUUGGGCGUGCGGAAGUACUUGCGCGAGGCACAGGGGAACACGGAGUUCUCCAUGGUGGCUUUGGCGACGCGACCGGAAGAGUGA